UCGACCUCCCCCUCUCCGAUCCGAACGCGGCCGCCAUGUCGACGUCCCUCUGCUACGCCGCUCUCACCGCCGCCACUCCAAGCGCUCGUGGUGGAGGUGUCCGUCGUCUCCCGGGGCGCUGCGGCAGGGCAGCGGGUGGUGCUGGCUCCCGUGGAGUCCGCUUCACCUUGUCGUUCAUGGCACCACCACCCAAGCCCGAGGUUACCAAGCUGGUGAUGUGCGCCGAGAAACCCAGGAUUAGGAAGUCUACCGACCCUUGGCCUUUGGACAACGACUACAAAGAAGAUCAGGAUGCGAUUGACAAGUUUUAUGCUGAUCUCUCUAAGAAACUCGAGUAUUUUCGCAGCUUCGGAGAUGAGGAUGAUGAUUUUGACAAGUACUAUGCUUCUCUCUGUAAGCAAACUGAGGCGGCUAUCACUGGUAAACUCUCUGAUCUUAUUCCUCUUAUGCCGGUUCUUUCCGAGGAGGAGAAGGCAGUGCAGAACAAGGUCAAGGAGAUCGCCGAGAGGUGCAUGGACCUCCAGGCUGAUGCCAUGCGCCGCCUCCGCCCGGAACAAAGGCGCCCACUCUACCUGCUGUUCCGGACUACGCAUCUCGCAUUUGAGUCCGUGAAAGUCAGAGCCAUGGAGGGGCAUGCCAACUGGGGGGUGUCAUCGCUUCUCGUCGUCCACAAGCUGGAUGUGGUGCGCAAGAUGGUCUCCAGCGCCUGCAGCGCCCCUCUCCCUCUCGACAGGGACAAGAAGGAGCUCUCCCUGCUUCCUCCCCUUGUCCAGGAGACGAUCGGCGGCCUGCUUGUUGGCGCCGACAGCAAACCAGAGCAGGAGGUGACGUUCGCAUUCGUCGAGUACACCUACAACACAGUCAAGUCUGACAUCGACGAGAUGAUCACCGCCAGUGCCACAAGUACUUCUUAGAUCGACCUCAUGCAUGUCUACAGGGAUCGUCGUCGGGAUCGACAUCAACCACUCCACAGCCCACAGCCUUAGCUUAUUACCAGUGAUCACCAGUACUCUAUCUAGCUUGCGAUCGUGUGUUCUAGGUGCUCUACUUUAAUUUGGGUGUCUGUUUUAGUAGCUAUCUAGUCGUCGUAUGGUAGUACACCCCUAGUAGUACUUGCUUGUCAUCACGUACUCAUGUUCGAGUUUCUACAUGCUAUGCUAUGCUGUGUUACGUACGGGUUAUUAUCGAAUAAUGGACUUGUAGUAACAACGUUGGCCCUUAAUUAGCUAGUUUCAAGCUGCUGUAUGGCUACCUCAUUUAUCUAGAUCUAUGAUUACUGUAUGCUGUGGUGUAUUGAUGGAUCAGUCAUUAUAUAUGUCGCUUCUGAGAUUUGUGCAA